GCAGUCAUCUCUCCUGUCCUGUCUUCUGCUGCUGUCCAACAAGACGUACGCUGUCCAUUCGCCUCCUGCUUCUGCACAUACCACGCGCCUCUCUCUCUCUCUCUCUCCGUUUCCACUCUGCGACUCAAAUCGGGAACGAAAAUGUCCGGCGGGCCUUUCUCCCGCGGGAGGCCAUGGAGGGACCGCGAGACGAGCCCCGAGAGGAACAAGGUGUGGAAGGAGCCCAAGCCCAGCAAGGUCCCCGUCGUCUACUACCUCUCCCGCGAUGGCCACUUGGAGCACCCCCACUUCAUGGAGGUCGCCCUCUCCUCCUCCGACGGCCUCUACCUCCGAGACGUAAUCGAUCGUCUCGACCUCCUUAGAGGCGAGGGAAUGACCGAUUUGUACUCUUGGUCUUCCAAAAGGAGCUACAAGAACGGAUUUGUGUGGCAUGAUCUUUCCGAGGACGAUCUGAUCCGUCCGGCGCACGGCUACGAGUACGUCCUCAAGGGGUCCGAGCUUCUCCGACCCGUUUCCUUGUUGAGAUCCCACGAGAAAAGCUCCUUUGGGGCUCGGGAGCCGCUGCUCCGAUUUCCCAAAUCGUCGCAUGAUGAGAGCCGAAGAAACAGGGCGCCUUGGAGCUCCUCCGGCCUGAGUGAGUACAGGGUCUAUAAGAUAGACAUGGAGGCCUCCUCCGCGACCAAGGCGGCGGACGCGUCGACACAGACGGAGGACUGGAGAAGCAGGAGGCGGUCCGAUCGAGCGGAGACACCUGUGACGGAGGCAGUGGAUCCCGCGACCACCGAGUUGGAGCGGAAGGAGAUCUCGCCGCCCCCGUCGUCGUCGACGAGCACGGAGAUUAUCUCGACGGAGAAUGAGAAUCCGGCGGUUGUUAGCUACGCCGGUGAGCGGACGCGAGCGUCGGCGGCGCUGAUACACCUCCUCUCCUGCGGCUCGGUGACGACCAGGGACCACGAUGGCAGGUCGGCGCUGAGCAACGUGAGGACGCGUGGAGGGCGCGAUUCGGGCCGCGCAAAAGAAACGGACGGCUCGAUGGAGGACAGCGACUCUGUUAGGAUGAGGCUACAGGACAAACUGGAGCUCCACUAGAAUCCUGCUGCUUCUUUCAGCCAUGUGCACUUGAUUAAAUUCAAUCUUCCCUUCCUCAGCCAUGUUUGUGGACGUCUCCUUCUGGGAGCAGCUAUAGGAGUCGUUAAGAAUGCGAGCCCCAUUGGCCCAUCCAGAACAGUGUUUUCUGUGUGUAUUCUGCUUGUGGACCGUACACAAUAGCAGAUUUGUCAUUCCAACGUAGCUAUGUAACAAGGAUGGUAAAAUGAUAUAUUCUGAUGAAUAUCGAUCUUAUAUUUUGAUUGAAAUAAGGAAAUUAUGCAGGAUUUUAUCUCUA